GGAGGAGGAGGAAGAGGAGAGAUGAGGAUGUGUUGCUUGCGCUCAACUGGAGGCAGCAGGGAGUGCAGCAGCGUCUGCGAGAGGCGAGCAAAAGGACCUGCGUGGAAUGGAGGAGGAGAGCGAUGCAUCACUGAUGCUAGUGGCAAGACUCCUUCCCGCUUCACAACCGCUGGAUUCUGUGCUAAUGGGAGAGAGUCAGAGCAGCUUUGGGAUGCCCAAGGGACCUGCUGUUUGUGUUCAAUGCCAACUUUGAUAUAAUGCUUGGAGCAGGAGGAGCGCCCACCUCGAUCAGACUGUUGUUGCUGCUUCCACUGCUGUGCCACCUGUGCCACUCACUGCGGAUUCCAAAGCUCUCCUCAUAUGCAAAAGCAGAAGACAAGCUGUUCAAAUAUCUCUUUGAAAACUAUCAGAAAUGGGUUCGUCCUGUGGAAUACCUAAACCAGUCCAUCCGUGUGAAGUUUGGCCUGGCUAUCUCCCAACUUGUUGAUGUGGAUGAAAAAAACCAGUUGAUGACAACCAAUGUUUGGAUGAAACAGGAGUGGAGUGACAUGAAACUCAGGUGGAAUCCUGAAGACUUUCUGGGCAUCACAACAAUCCGUGUUCCAUCUGACAGAAUCUGGCUCCCUGACGUUGUACUGUAUGACAAUUCAGACGGACGUUUUGAAGGGACUGUCACUAARGCUGUUGUUAAGUAUGAUGGCACCAUAACAUGGACUCCACCAGCCAACUACAAGUCAGCGUGCACCAUAGAUGUCACCUUCUUUCCCUUUGACCUCCAGAACUGUUCGAUGAAGUUCGGAUCUUGGACCUAUGAUGGUUCUCAGGUAGACAUUACCCUGGAGGACUUCCACGUGGACAAGCAGGACUAUUUCGACAACGGUGAAUGGGAGAUAGUGAAGGCCACAGGCAGCCGUGGUCUGAGAACUGAUGGCAACACUUUCUAUCCCACCAUCACCUACUUCUUUAUUAUCCGCAGGUUGCCUCUUUUCUACACCCUCUUCCUCAUCAUCCCCUGCAUCGGCCUGUCCUUCCUCACCAUUCUUGUCUUCUAUCUGCCUUCAAACGGUGGUGAGAAGAUCUCUCUCUGCACCUCGGUGCUUGUGUCGCUCACCGUCUUCCUGUUAGUCAUCGAAGAGAUCAUCCCAUCCUCCUCGAAGGCAAUCCCCCUCAUCGGAGAGUACCUGGUUUUCACCAUGAUCUUUGUCACGCUCUCCAUCGUCAUCACCGUCUUUGCGAUCAACAUUCACCACCGCUCCUCUUCCACACAUACUAACAUGGCACCGUGGGUGAGAAGGAUUUUCCUGCACCGGCUCCCUAAACUGCUGUGCAUGCGCAGUCACGUGGACCGUUACGCAACGACUGGAGCGGCCGGAGCAGGAAGACCYGAAGAAGCGAGAAGGACGCAGGAGCCAGGACCUGAGUUCAAACCUCUCCUCUACAACCAACACAACCUCCAAGCAGCGUUGGAGUCUAUUCGCUACAUAAGCAUGCACGUGGUUAAAGAAAAUCAAGUUCGAGAGGUGGUGCAGGACUGGAAGUUUGUUGCCCAGGUCUUGGAUCGAAUGUUUUUGUGGGCUUUUCUUCUGGUGUCCAUUCUUGGCUCUGCUCUCCUUUUCAUUCCAGUUAUUUACAAAUGGGCCAGCAUCAUUGUUCCUACCAAUCUUGGAAGUACUCUCUAAAAGAAACAAACAAAAAAACAAAAAAACUUCAGUGCAUAAUAACAAAUGAAAGAAAAGCACAGUAGUUGGUCUUUGUGGCCACUUUUGGACAUUUGAAAGAAUGAGAUUCAGAGCAGACAGCGUUCUUUUUAAGGGGCAUUUCCAGUCAGUUUGUGAGAUGCUAGAGUGCCAGAAGUCUCGCUGCAGAGCAGGUUCUCACACUCUUUUUCAAGCCCACCUUUUAAACUGAUCCAGAGCCAGCUUUCAUUGUGCAGUUGGGCAGGAAAUGCAACCAAUAAGGAACACUUAAAGUACAAGGCAUGCAUGUUAAAUGUUUUCAAGUUAUGAGUUAAAAAUCUAUACGCUGCCAAUAAAAAAUGCACAACGUGUAGGAGAUGCCUGUGUACAGAAAACGGGUGGAAGUAAUGGUGUAACACAAAAAUAUAAGGAAUAGUCACAAAAAAAACAACAACAAACUAUUUAACCAGUUUGAACUAUUACAGCUGUUGCUUUGAAUGAAGCAACAAAAUGCAUAACGUUUCCAAAACCUGUAUAUUUUGGAGCUGAUUCCAUUCAAGUAACAUUCCGUACAUAAAUAAGUCAUGAAGAGAAGUAAAAAUAUUACAGUGAAAAUCUUUACAUAACACCAAUAAGUCCUGAUGCUCAGCCAAACUGAUCACAUUAUAUUUUAUCUGUAAGAGCACAAUUUUAAUAUGAACUUCUUUUUCAUAUCAGAAGCUGCCCUAAAAGCUACAAGAGAUUCUGGAAAACAUUUUCCCAAGAUAAACAUUCAAUCCUGUUUGCAAACCCCUCACACAACUGUCUUGUCAGGACUUGAAUGUUUCAGUUACUUCCUCUCUCAGGAAGCAGCUCAGAUUCUUUGUAGGGGUGGUGUACAGUUCAGCGAACAGCGUACAGCAUGUUUUAGCUAAACGUGCAUGGAAAAGUUUCUCUCAAAUAAACUAGAAUAAUAACAGAGUUUCCUUAAAGACUUCUUACAGAUUGUUGGGACUUAAAAUUCCUUCCACCUCCUUUCACCAGGACCUCAAAUCCUGCAUUCUUUAAAAAGGCUGUGAGAACACCUGUGGGAACAGGUGACCCUCUUGAAGAAGUCACAUUGGUCUGUGUUGAUGGCUAAUAAUACACAGAUGACUCUGAUCAGUAUAAAUGUAAUAAAAACUCACAAACACUGUUGGCAUGAGAAURAUAAGGAAGACUGUCUGAACCUUGAGCUUUUACUGCCUCUGUGUGGUCACAUGUGUUUAUUGCACCAACAAUAUCAGGCAUGCUGGUGACUAAAUAGUWGAUAAGCUGUAAAGGUAUUUUGUGUAAUACAGACUUUAUUAAAGAGUAGAAAAAGUAUUUGAAAACUUCUCUGCAUGGGGGGUGGGUGGGGUGCAGAAGCACAAAUACAGUAAUUAGAAGAGACUUGUUUUUGCAGUAAUGACAAAAAACCGGUGUACAGAUACAUAAAAAACAAUGAUAAACAAGAAAAAAAUGUUUAGGAAACGGAGGGGAAGGCGAUGUCAUUUCCCCCACAACUCCUAACAAGUCUUGGCAAAUCUGUAUUUAUUUCUCACCUCUUUUAUUAAAACUUGCAGACACGUUGUGUUUUAUUAAGACGUUUUGUUUACACCGCACACCGAGAGAAAAAAUUCCUUUUAGCUACAAAGUUGCCCAUCAGAGAGAAUAAACAUAUUGACUUCACUUGUCAUUUAACCAACAGAGACUUCAAAAAGUUCCAAAUGUAAUUUUMUAAAUAAUAUGCAUAAUUUGUUUAUACAACAUGUCAUUUCUAUAAAUUAUACAUGAAUGAAUGUAAAUGUGGAAAUAAAAGGAUACCUCUUAAA